AUGCCACUAAGUCACGUUUUCAAAAUACCGUCAGAGAUAAUUGAACACGCUCUUACACUUUGCCAUCCUCGCGACGUUGCGUCGUUCUCACAGACCUGUCGGAAAGCACGCCGCCUAGUUGCUGGGAGCCCAGAUCAAUAUCUUUGGCGUCAAUUAUUCCUUCUCUUUCCCUUCGAUGACCCUCUGCAUAUCUCAUCCACAUUUCUGGAAGAUGGUCAAUUCAACUGGAGGAAGGAGCUACACCGGCGAAUGGAGGCGCAAUCAAUCGCCUGUCGCACAAGUUCAACCCUUGAGGAACUCUUGGCUGCCAUCGAAACUUUCAUUUCUGUGGCGCGCAGCGCAGCUCCUGUUACAUGGGGAUAUGAACGCAUGUUGCAGUCCACAAACAUGCUUCGCUCUCCAUUACUCUUCUCACAAGAGGGUAACCAACCGUUGGCUCGCCUGCGAGCAUACCUUGCACUGACGUUGGACGAGUACGACGACGAUGACGUCGAAGGGAAGGAAAGAUUAAAAUCGAUACGGAUGAGGAGUCGCUGUCAGGUUUAUGACCUACGGAAUUACCAUCAAGACAAUGACUGGGGCCCAUUCAACGUCACAACAGGAGAAGUGGAUUGGACUCACAUAGAGUCAAUUAUCAACGUUGUAUCUAUGAACCUUUCUGACCGUCCAAAUGAUUGGCCGGAUACAAGGCCGCGUUAUGGGCUCGAAGCUACUCGAGCAUAUUCAGCACCCGGCACCACAGCACUGGCAACAGGUGAUUGGGCUGGUAUUGAAGGUCACUGGAGGAGAUAUGUCUGCUUCAUGGAUUAUCGAGGACGCGGACAACAAGAUGGUACCUACUUUGACACUUCAAAUUUUGAAGAAGUUGCGCGCCUUGUUGAGCUCAAGUUGAGGCUUAUAGACGCUCAGGCAAUACCAGAAGUCUACAUACUCGACCGCCUCCCUGAUUCCUCGCAUAGGCACUACCCGACCUUGUAUUUCACUGGAUCAUCUUGGGGCAUACAGGGUAACGAGGUGACUGUCAUUGGGUCUGUAGCCAUGUCGGAAGGUGGCGUAGUACGAUGGCGAUUUGCAUCUAUUGCUAAUUCGCACAUUCAAUGGAGUUCCGAAGGGGUGCAAAUCGGCGGCAUCGCCAGUGCGUUUGGAGUAAUAGGAACGUGGACAGGAAUUCAUCACGAUCGUGGUCCCUUUUGGCUUUACAAAGUAGAGGAUGAUCAUCCCAUUUAUAUGCGAGCUCUCAUGACCAAUUGA